AUGCCUGAUCUUGGCUAUGAAAUUGAAGAUUUCCAAUAUUAUACGUGGCAAAUCGCAGGUUGGACUAGUUUAGAAAAAAGGAUAACAGGUCCUGAAUUUGAAGCUGGGGGUUGGAAAUGGCGUAUUUUACUCUUUCCUCAUGGAAACAAUGAUGAUUCGCAUGUUUCGAUUUAUUUGGAUUUCUCAGUUCCAAUAGGUGUACUUGCUGAUUUGCACUGCUGUGCGCAAUUUGGUUUGCUAUUAUGGAAUCCAGAAAACCCAACGUUCUAUGCUUCUCAGAAUUCGCAUCAUCGCUUCACUGCCGAAGAACCAGAUUGGGGAUUUAAACAGUUUUGCGCUUUAAAUAAACUGUUUGUCCCAUCAACUACUCAUACUCGCCCAUUAAUAGAAUAUGAUACCUGUAAUAUUACGGCCUUGGUUCGCAUUAUAAAGGACCCAACUGGUGUCUUAUGGCAUGACUUUACAAAUUAUGAUUCAAAAAAAGUGACUGGAUACAUUAACCUAGAAAAUCAGGGUGCAACAAGCCAUUUAAACGUCGAGUUGCAAUUAUUAUAUAGCAUAAAAUAUUUUCGUAAGGCGAUAUAUCAAAUCUUCACAGAAGAUGACAAACCAAAUAAAAGUAUUCCUUUGGCUAUGCAAAGGAUUUUUUAUAAUUUGCAAGUAUCAGAUACACCAGUUGAAACGACAGAAUUAACGAAAUCUUUUGAGAUAGAUUCGUCAGAUCGUUGUAUGCCGCAUGAUGUACAGGAGUUUUAUAGAAUGUUACUAGAUUGUUUAGAUAAUAAAAUGAAGAAUACAUAUGCAGAUGGUACUAUUUCCAAAUUGUUUACAGGAGAGAUGAAGAGUUAUGUUAGAUGUGUCAACGUAGAUUAUGAGAGUUCGUUUAUUGAAGAUUACUAUGAUAUUCAACUUAAAGUUAAAGGGUGCAAAACUUUAAAUGAUUCUUUUCAAGAAUUUAUUCGUGAAGAAUUUUGUACAGGAAACAAUAAAUACAAAACUGAAACAUACGGUUUACAAGAUGCAAAGAAAGGAGUAAUUUUUGAAAGUUUUCCAUCUGUACUUCGGAUACAAUUAAAACGGUUUGAAUAUAAUAUGCAAAGAGAUGCUAUAAUUAAGAUAAAUGAUAGUCUUGAAUAUCCUAUGGAAAUUGAUUUACAAGGAUAUUUAUCAUCAGAUAGUAGUGAUAAGUCAAAACCGCAUAAUUAUUUACUUCAUGGAGUAAUUGUUCACAGCGGUGAAUUGCAUGAAGACAAUUUUUAUAUUUUAUUAAAACCAGAAAAAAAUGGCAACUGGUUCAAAUUUGAUGAUGAUAGAGUUAUACCUGUAAUGGAUAAAGCGGUACUUGAAGAUAAUUACGAGGAUAAAGUUUCUAAUGCAUAUAUAUUGGUGUAUAUCCGUGAAUCUGAUAUCGACUUUGUAUUAUCUCCGGUACUUGUUGAAGAUAUACCAAAACAUAUACAAGAGCGUCAUUUAUAUUUGACUACUAAGAUCUUGACUCUAGCUACCUUUGAGCAUCACCAAGGGUUUGAUCUUGCUAAUAUUGACGAUCAACAAUACCCGCUAUCUGAAUUUCCGCAAUUUAAGGUUUUAAAAAGUGAAACAUAUGGUGCUUUUAAAGUUGCGAUCGCUCACAAAUUUGGGAUUCCAAUCGAGCAAAUGAGAUUCUGGGUUUUCGUACAUCGGCAAAAUAAAACUAUAAGGCCAGAUACUCCAAUACCAGACGAUUUUCUUGGCAUAGCAAUGGAAGGAGUUCAUACAAGAAUGGCUUCGGGACAAAAUGAACUGAAAUUGUUUUUGGAAGUGACCGAUAAACUAAUUAACGGAAAAGUAGCAUGGUUCCCGACAAUAGAAGAGGAUUCUCAUAUAUUAGUUUUCAUCAAGUACUUUGAUAUUGAUAAACAAUCUCUAAAAGGAGUUUGUUCUUUAUAUGUUCGUUCGGUUGAUAAAGUUGGUGAAAUCAUUCCAAUUCUUUGCGAGAAAAAGAACCUUCCACAAAAUACACCCCUGAAUAUAUACGAAGAAAUAAAACCAACCAUGAUUGUAGAGAUGAAACCCGAAUUAACUUUUCAGGAAUCUGAGAUACAAGAUGGUGAUGUAAUUUGCUUUCAAAAAGCUUUAACAGAAUAUGAAAUAAAAGAACUUACAACUGCAGGUCAUAUUUAUGAUAUUCCUACAUUCUAUGUGUCAUUAUCUACGCGUGUUGUUGUUCAAUUUAAGCCAAAAAAUAAAAACCGUGGACAAAAACCUGAAUUUAAGUUAAUUUUAAAUACAUGCGAAACUGUUAUAAUUAAAAGUGUGGCAGACCAAACACUAUCAGAGAUGCUUCAGACAACUACACAAAAUCUUUUGUAUUAUGAGAUACUUGAUGUUAAUAUAAUUGAAUUAGAAAAUAAUAUGUUCUUCAAAGUACAUUGGCUCGGGACAACUAUUAAGAAAGAGGAAGAGGUUGAUGUCUGUAUCCCAAAAAAUGCUAAAAUCUAUGAAGUUCUUCGAGUAAUUGUACAAAAACUAGCAUUGCCACAAAUUAGUUAUAAAAUUAGAUUAUAUGAUGCCUUAAAUUGCAAAAUUCAGAAUGAAUAUAACGUUUAUGAUUCAAUAGAUAAAAUACAGGAACAUCUGACGUUAUACGCAGAGGAAAUACCACAAGAUGAAAUUGAACUAGGAACUGAUGAUAUAAUUAUUCAAGUAUUUCAUUUUACUAAGGAACCGUCACGUGCACACGGAAUUCCAUUUAAAUUUGUUCUUAAAGAUGGUGAACCCUUCUCUAUGACAAAGUUGCGCCUUCGAUUACGCUUAGGAAUUAAUGAAGAAGAUUUCUUGAAAGUGAAAGUUGCAAUUAUUAAAUCGGCAUCAAGUUCCGAGCUUUGGUAUAUAGAUGAUAAUGGUAUUAUUCUAUCGGAUUUUAGAUUUACAGAUGAGCUUUUAGGACUUGACUAUGUGGAUAAAACGGGACGUGUGGGAAGAAUAGAUGGUGAAAAAGCGAUAUAUAUUAGGGGAUAA